AUGAAGGGCCUCCCGACCGACCUGGUCAGCAGGUGCCCGGCCUUCCAGGAUGGCUGCCCGUUCAAGGCAGAGGACUCGGUCGAGUCUCUCUACAAUCACCUGUCCGAGAUGCCGGCCUCCCACCGGCUCCAGGGCGGCGAGAAGUCGGAGGCCGCCCUGGCCCUGGAGACGACCUUCCGCCUCGUGCACGAGAAGUCCCAGGAGCUCAAGGCGAAGAUGAAGGCGACGUGUCCCGUCUUCGCCACGUCUUGCCCGUUCAAGACGCUGACGUCCGCGGGGGAGCCGCUGGUCGCCGAGCUGGACGGCCUCCUGGAGCAGUGGGGCCUGGACGGCACGGACGCGACGGCGCUCUCGACGCCGAGGCCCGACGCGCAGCUGUCCCAGUCGCUGAAGGCGGGCACGAAGACGGUGCACCGAGCGGCCGAGAACGUGCGGUUCGUGCGGGACUUCCUGAAGGGCGCCGUGCCCAAGGGCAGCUACGUCGAGCUCCUCAGGGCCCUGUAUUUCGUCUACACUGCCAUGGAGGGGGCCCUCGCGCGGCUGCCCGAGGAACUCCAGCACAUCGACUUCGGGGCCGUGCACCGGGCCGCGGCGCUGGAGGAGGACCUGCGGUUCUACCUCGGCGUCCCCCCGGGCGCGCCCCUGGAGCUGGGCGAGCCCUCUCCCGCCACGGCGUCGUACGUCGCCCGACUGGAGGAGCUGGUAGCCAGCGCGCCCCACCUCGUCCUGGCGCACGCGUACGCCCGCUAUCUGGGAGACCUCAGCGGUGGCCAGAUAUUGGCGAGGGCGGCAAAGAAGGCGUACGGCCUGGAGGGGGGCCGUGGGCAGGCGUUCUACCGCUUCGAGCGGGUGGGCUCUUCGCCCGCGGAGGUGAAGGAGUUCAAGAGGUCGUACCGCACCUCGCUGGACGGCCUGAGGCUGUCCACGGGCGACGCCGACGGCAUCGUCGAGGAGGCCGGCAAGGAGUGA